AUGUGUUUUCACGUGACACUAGCUUCCAAAUAUAGUCUAUCCCUCCUAACACCCCGCCGUCGCCAGUACAACCCACCCAGCCGUCACUCUCCCUCCCAUUCCCCGUAUCUCUCGGACUCCCCCCCGUCACCUCUCCCUCCCACUCCGCCAUCGCCUCUUCCUCCCACCUCACAAUCACUCCGUCCCACCCCGCCAUCUUCUCUCCCUUACCUCCCCGCCGUCGGCUCUCCCUUACCUCCCUGCUGUCACCUCUCUCUCCUCCCCGUCGUCGCAUCUUCCUCCUCCCCGCCGUCGGCUCUCCCUUACCUCCCUGCUGUCGCCUCUCCCUCCUCCCCGUCGUCGCAUCUUCCUCCUCCCCGCCGUCGCCUCUUCCUCCUCCGCGCCAUCGCCUCUCCCUCCUCCCCGCCGUCGCCUCUCCCUCCUCCCCGUCGUCGCAUCUUCCUCCUCCCCGCCGUCGCCUCUUCCUCCUCCGCGUCGUCACCUCUCCCUCCUCCCCGUCGUUGCCUCUCCCUCCUCCCCGCCAUCGCCUCUCCCUCCUCCCCGCCGUCGCCUCUUCCUCCUCCGUGCCGUCGCCUCUCCCUCCUCCCCGUCGUCGCCUCUCCCUCCUCCCCGUCGUCGCAUCUUCCUCCUCCCCGCCAUCGCCUCUUCCUCCUCCGCGCCGUCGCCUCUCCCUCCUCCCCGCCGUUGCCUCUCCCUCCUCCCCGCCAUCGCCUCUCCCUCCUUCCCGCCGUCGCCUCUUCCUCCUCCGCGCCGUCGCCUCUCCCUCCUCCCCGCCUUUGCCUCUCCCUCCUCCCUGCCAUCGCCUCUUCCUCCUCCCCGCCGUCGCCUCUUCCUCCUCCCCGCCGUCGCCUCUUCCUCCUCCGCGCCAUUGCCUCUUCCUCCUCCCCGCCGUCGCCUCUUCCUCCUCCCCGCUGUCGCCUCUUCCUCCUCCCCGCCGUCGCUCUCCCUCCUCCCCGCCGCUCCUCCGGCGACAGGUGCCCGGAGCGCAAUCGCGGGUUGGUGCGCAAGCGCGGGUUGUUUCCUCAGGCACCGUGGUUAUCAGGUGCGUUCCCGGUCCUUUCAUCCUCACUCCCCCCUCUGAAAUUUCCUCUUUAUUUUUGCUCUCUUCGUUUGAAGAAGGGGAGAGACGGAGCGAGAGGGAGAGCAUGUGCACGGGAGCAAAUGCGCAAGAGAGAGCGUGUGAGAGCACGAGUGAUAAAGGACGUGAGAGAGGGCGUUAGAGAGCGCGUGAGGGAGUGUGUGAGGGAGCGCGUGAGAGGGCGCGUGAGGGAGCGCGUGAGUGUGCGCGUGAGAGAGCGCGUGGGUGUGCGCGUGAGAGUGCGAGUGAGAUAG